AUGUAUAUCUCUCAUACGGUAGCGACGCUAAGAGAUCCAGCGAAUGUCGCGGUUGGCGGCGGCGGCGGCGGCGUGGUCGUGGGCAAAGCUCGGGAGCAUAUAGUAGCGGCUAAGCAGCGAAGCGGCGCGGACAAUGAUGACGGUGCCAAAGAUGAUGAGCAGCAGGCCCGGCGCCAGCGUGAGAAGCAUGGCUGCGUAGUGACAACAGCCCGUGUGGCUAGGAGGAAGCAGAGAAUGACGACGAAGCAAGGAGCGAAAGAGUCGAGGCACGAGACGGCGAGGAGGGAAGAGCUCAUUGAAGAAAGUAAGAAGAAGAAGACGAAGAUUAAAGAUCUGGUAAAGAGCGUGUGA